AAAUCCUGCUCUUUUCCCUUCCUGGAGAUCCCGGGAAUGUUCCUUUUCCAGGGAAUUUCGCCCCUCAUGGGGCUGGCUUGGGGAUCAAGGAGUGGGAAUGUUCCCGGGGGAUCAUUUAUGGAAUUAUCCCGGCUGGAUUUUGGGAUAUCCCGAGCCCUCUCCCGUUUCCCUUUGAAAACGGGAUUGCUCCAGCGCUCCAGAGAAUCCCCUCCAGGGUUCCUGAGAUGGGAAAAGACGGGAAAAUCCGGGAUUUUUGUCCUGACCCUGUAUCCCGAUCCCGACCUCGCUGUUCCCGAAGGAUGAGGAAAAUCGGGAAAAGCCCCCGGGAUGAUCCCACGACGUGAACCCUCUCCAUCCACCCUUAUUCCCGGGAUUUGGGUUGGGAAAAUGAAUUUUCCACCCCCUAAAACCCAACCCGAAGUGAAUUAUCCGAGCAAAUCAUGGAAUCUCCGCCUCGCUGGAAUUCCGCAGGGCCGGGAAGCUGCGAAUUCCUUGGAAUGCUGCGGGCAGCGGGGAGCGGGGAGGGGCAGGACUUCUUUUUGGGGGAAUUUUCCCGUCUCCAGGUCUGUGCAGCCGGAAGAUGGCAGCAGGCACCCGCGGCAUUCCCGGGAGCGGGAGCAGCUCCCUCCCAACCCUCUGGAAGCGGCUCCAACUUCUCCCUCUCCCAAAUCCCGGCCGGAUCCUCGGGAGCGGAGCUCGUUCCCUCCUCCAACCUUUCCCCUGGAAAAAGGAAGGGAUGCUCGGCUCCUAACGCGCCGGGUGCCCUGAGGAUGACGGCCAUUCCCGAUCCGCUGGGGCGCCCCCGCAGCAGCUCCUCCCGCAGCCUUUCCGGGACCCUGGAGGCCAUGGGGACGCCAGAAACGGAUCACCGGGAUCCAUGGGAUCACCGGGAUCCGUGGGAUCACCGGGAGCAGGAGGAGACCCGCAUCCUCAAGGUUUGCUUCUACAGCAACAGCUUCAACCUGGGCAAGAACUUCAAGCUGGUCAAGUGCUCCGUGGCCACGGAGAUCCGGGAGGUGAUCCGCUCCAUCCUGCUGAGCGGGCGGAUCGGGCCGGACAUCCGCCUGGCCGAGUGCUACGGGCUGCGCCUCAAGCACGUCAAAUCCGACGAGAUCCACUGGCUGCAUCCCCAGCUCACCGUUGGAGAGGUCCAGGAAAAAUACGAAUGCCUCCACCUGGAAGCCGAGUGGAGGUAUGACCUGCAGAUCCGGUACCUGCCCGAGGAUUUCGUGGAGCGCUUCAAGGAGGACAAGACCACGCUGCUCUACUUCUACCAGCAGCUCCGCAGUGAGUACAUGCAGAACUUCGCCAGCAAGGUCAGCGAGGGCAUGGCGCUGCAGCUGGGCUGUCUGGAGCUCAGGAGGUUCUACAAGGACAUGCCGCAGAACGCGCUGGACAAGAAAUCCAACUUCGAGUUCCUGGAGAAGGAGGUGGGGCUGGACCUGUUCUUCCCCAGCCAGAUGCUGGAGAACCUCAAGGUGAGGGACACGGGGGACAGGGGACACAGGGGUGGCACCUGGGGGCGCAUGGGAGUGCGACACGUGUGUGUCCGUGUGUCCGUGUGUCCGUGUGUGUGUCCGUGUGUCCGUGUGUGUCCGUGUAUCCGUGUCCAUUCCCAUAUCCCUCUGUCCCUAUCCCCACACCUGUUCCCAUGUCCAGCUGUCCAGCCCCAUCCCGCUGUUAAUGGGACCUGCCCUCUAUCCCAACUUCCCGGCUGCUCCUGCUCCCCGCAGCAAGGAUGGAGCAUCACCGUGGAUCUGGUCAUCAGCCCCAAGGGCAUCCGCCAGCUCACCGGCACGGACGCCAAGCCCGCGUGCCUGGCGGAAUUCCGGGAUAUCAAGUCCAUCCGGUGCUCGGCGACGGAGGACGGGCAGGCGCUGCUGCAGCUGGCGCUCAGCGGGAACCCCCCGUCCCUGGCCAUCAAGACGGCGUCGCUGGCCGAGGCGGAAAACAUGGCUGACCUCAUCGACGGCUACUGCCGGCUGCAGGGGGACCCGGAGACAUCGCUCAUCGCCUUCCCGAGGAAAGAUCGGGAGAAGAGGAUCAGCCUCCCGCAGAUCCCAGCCCAGAAUCUCGGGGAGAGGCAUUCCACGCUGUCCCACAGCGUCAGCGGCGAUUCUGAAAUUUAUGCUGAAAUCCUGGAUGAAUCCUCGAGGCCAAGAUCCGGAAUCCAGCACUACGGGAUAUCCCGGGACGACGUGGCGCUGGGCCGGAUCCUCGGGGAAGGAUUCUUCGGAGAGGUCUACGAGGGAAUUUACACCACCCCGAAAGGAGAGCGGAUCAACGUGGCCGUGAAGACCUGCAAGAAGGAUUGCAGCCCGGAAAACCGGGAAAAAUUCCUGAGAGAAGCCGUGCUGAUGAAGAAACUGGACCACCCACACAUUGUGAAGCUGAUUGGCAUCGCCGAGGACGAGCCCACCUGGAUCAUCAUGGAGCUCUAUCCCUACGGAGAGCUGGGGCAGUACCUGGAGCAGAACCGGCUGGGCCUGGCCGUGCCCACCCUGGUGCUCUACGCGCUGCAGGUCAGCAAGGCCCUGGCCUACCUGGAGGCCAUCAACUGCGUCCACAGGGACAUCGCCGUCAGGAACAUCCUGGUGGCCUCUCCAGAGUGUGUCAAGCUGGGAGAUUUCGGCCUGUCCCGCUACAUCGAGGAUGAGGAAUAUUACAAAGCUUCCAUCACCCGCCUUCCCAUCAAGUGGAUGUCGCCGGAAUCCAUCAACUUCCGGCGCUUCACCACGGCCAGCGACGUCUGGAUGUUCGCCGUGUGCAUGUGGGAGAUCCUGAGCUACGGGAAGCAGCCGUUCUUCUGGCUGGAAAACAAGGAUGUGAUCGGAGUCCUGGAAAAGGGGGAUCGGCUUCCCAAGCCUGACCUGUGCCCGCCCGUCCUCUACACCCUCAUGACGCGCUGCUGGGAUUACGAUCCCGGGGAAAGACCCAAAUUCCAGGAGCUGGUUUGCAGCCUGAGUGACAUUUACCUGAUGGAGAAGGAGCUGGCCAAGGAGCAGGAGAGGAACAACCGGCACCGGCCUCCCAAAAUCCUGGAGCCGCCGGCAUUCCAGGAGCCGCCUCCGAAGCCCAGCAGGCCCAUGUACAAGCCGCCAUCCCAGAAUAAUCUGCUGGCUCCCAAGCUGCAAUUCCAGGUUCCGGAGGGGCUCUGCGCCAGCUCUCCCACCCUCGCCAGUCCCGCCGAGUACCAGAGCCCGGCAAAUUCCCGGCGCACUCCUCCUCCCAGCCGGCACAACGUCUUCAAGCGCCACAGCAUGAGGGAGGAAGAUUUCCAGCGGCCGCGGAGCCGGGAGGAGGCGCAGCAGCUGCUGGAGCUGGAGCGGCUCCGCGUGGAGCAGGCCAUGGAACGCCAGCAGAAGGAGAUGCUGGAGGACGACCGCUGGCUGCGGGAGGAGGUCAAGAGCCUGGAUCCCAAGGUUUUCCUGAACAACAACAUCCCUCCGUUGCUCCCAGAGAAGGAGACGGAUUACACGCAAUUCACGGGGCCCCCCCAGAAGCCUCCGAGACUCGGGGCUCAGUCCAUCCAGCCGGCUCCCACGGCCAACCUGGACCGCACGGACGAUCCGGUGUACGGGAACGUCACGGAUCUGGUGCGGGCCGUGCUGCAGCUGAAGAACGAGAUCAGCCUGGUGCCUCCCGACGGAUACAUCCUGGUGGUCAAGAACAUCGGCCUUUCCCUACGGAAGCUCAUCGGGAGCGUCGACGAGAUCCUCCCCAACCUUCCGUCCUCUUCCCGCACCGAGAUCGAGGGCACCCAGAAGCUGCUCAACAAAGACUUGGCCAACCUCAUCAGCAAGAUGCGCCUGGCACAGCAGAAUUCCGGCACCUCCCUGAGCUCGGAAUUCCAGCGGCAGAUGCUGACAGCUUCCCACGCCCUGGCCGUGGACGCCAAGAACCUGCUGGACGCCGUGGACCAGGCCAAGCUCCAGGCCAACCUGGCCAAGCCAUGCUCGGAAUGAGGGAAGGAAUUCCAGAAGCGAUCCGGGAAGAGUCGGCUUCUCGUGGUUUCUUUGGUUUUUUCCCCCUUCCCGCUCUCCCCUCUUCCCGCUCCUCAUGUCUCUGCGUUGCUCUUGGGAAGAUGGGAAGAAUCCGGUGGGGAUUUCCCUGGAAAAGGAGGGUUGGGGUGGGAUGGUGGAAGAUCCCUCUGGCUCGGCGGUUUCCCGGCUGGGAAUGCUGGCGCAUCCAUGGAUCCGUGGAGCACGGAUGGCCGCGGGCGGCACGGCAGGAGAAGGACCUGGAGCGUGCCGGGAGCCGAGGGCACGGAUUAAUUUUUUGGGGAGGUGGGGGGAGCUGGAAUUCCCGUGGGAGCGGUGUCCGGAGGGAUCCGUCCGCGCAUUUUUUUUCCUUUCACAUUGUACAGAAGAGUUUAUUUAACGACGGCGAGCGGGAGCUACUUCUGGAGCCUACGGAAUUCAGGAAGGGAUGGAUCCCCCAUGGAUCACGGCUUUUUGGUUGGGACAAAAACCUGGAGAAAUUUUCCAGCUGUGUUUUUUUCCCGAGUUUUGUGUAAACGCCGCUGGCAAAAACUGCGGCUCCGUCGGGUUUGUGCUUC